ACGACGAAGAAGAGUGAGCGCUGAAGGAAGCAGAUGUUUCUUCUUCCGGUAGAUUCAGGUCCAAUUUGUGCAAAAAAUAAACAUAAUAAUUUUGUUCACCGGUUCUCGCGGUUUUAUUUCUUAUAAGUAAUUAUUACGGGGCUAUAGUGAGGCCGGAUCCCGCCUGGCUCCGGACAUUAUGGAUAUUUCUACACCUCCUGAAGACCAAGAGCUUCGGAAUGUCAUCGACAAACUGGCCCAGUUUGUGGCCCGCAACGGACCCGAGUUUGAAAAGAUGACCAUGGAGAAACAGAAGGAUAAUCUGAAAUUCUCCUUCCUCUUCGGAGGGGAAUAUUUCGGCUACUACAAGUACAAGCUUGCGAUCGAGCAGCAGCAGCAUCCAACCACUCAUGAUGAUGAAUAUAAAAUGGAAGUGCUUUGUAAGCCAGCGGGUAAAGAAGUUCCUGAUGUUCAACCGCCGAUGACUCUGCUUCCUCCUCCUCCGAUACCCCCCAGCACUCCUGCAGUGGAGGAGCUCAUCCAGCAGAGUCAGUGGAACCUGCAGCAGCAAGAGCAGCACCUGCACACUCUCCGACAGGAGCAGGUAAACGCAGCCGUCGUGCUCGCCAUGGAGCAGCAGAUGCAGAAACUGUUGGUGGAAACGCAGCAGGAUAUGGCUGAGUUUGACAGCCUGCUUCAGCCGAUCAUCGACACAUGCACCAAGGAUGCCAUUUCUGCUGGAAAGAAUUGGAUGUUCAACAACGCCAAGUCCCCACAACAAUGUGAACUGAUGACUUCCCACCUCCGCAAUCGCAUCACAGCAGAGACGGCGCACUUCGAGCUCCGCCUGCACCUCAUCUAUCUAAUAAAUGACGUCCUGCAUCACUGUCAGAGGAAGAACCAGAGAGAUCUUUUGGCUGCGCUGCAGAAGGUUGUGGUGCCCAUCUACUGCACCAGCUUCCUAGCAGUUGAGGAGGACAAACAGCAAAAAAUCACCCGGUUGCUCCAGCUCUGGGAGAAGAACGGUUACUUCGACGAUGUCACCAUCCAGCAGCUCCAGAGUCCGGCUCUGGGCUUGGGACAGUAUCAGGCGUCUCUAAUAACGGAGUAUGCUGCCGUAGUGCAGCCGGUGCAGUUGGCCUUUCAGCAGCAGAUCCAGACGCUGAAGUCUCAGCACGAGGAGUUUGUGGCUAACUUGAAGCAGCAGCAGAGUGUCGCCGUGGCAGCCGCAGCAGCUGCCGUAGGGCAGUUGGCACCAUCGGAGUCGGAGAAUAAAGGAGGAAGCCAGACUUCUAUGACUGCUCAGCCUGUAGAUGUGAAACCUCCAAUGGCAGGCCCACCUCCGGGUGAUUAUGAUGGUUCUCAGACAGACUCCAAUCCUUCUGCAUCCUCCGAUAUUUCCUCUUCGAAACCUGGCUGGUUCGAUCCCCAGCAUGGAAUGCCUUCUUGGAACCCUCAGCAACCUCCGCCGUUUGACCCCACUCAAGCUCCACCACCUUGCCCACCCUGGAACAGCCAUGAGGGGAUGUGGAAUGAGAGAGAGCCCAACUGGAGCAGCCCUCGAGAUGGUGGCCCCGGAGGUCCCGGAGGACCUCCAUGGAGUAGCCAGAACGAGCCUCCGCCCUCAUGGAGCGGACAGUUUGAACAGCCACCGUGGAACAAUCAGCCCGAUCAGCCACCGUGGAGCCAGAGAGAGCCGCCUUUCCGCAUGCAGCGACCUCCACACUUCCGGGGACCCUUCCCCCCACAUCAGCAGCCGCCUCCGUUCAACCAGCCACCUCCGCCACACAACUUCAACCGUUUCCCACCGCGCUUCAUGCAGGAUGACUUCCCGCCCCGGCAUCACUUUGAACGGCCGCCGUUCCCGCCACAUCGGUUCGAAUAUCCGCAAGGGGACUUCUCUGGUGAAAUGGGUCCACCACACCACCACCCAAACCAGAGGAUUCCUCCCCCAGGAAUGGGUGAACAUCCUCCAUGGGGUAGUAACCAGCACCCAGACUUCGGGCCUCCACCACACGGCUUUAACGGCCAGUCACACCCCAUAAGACGGCAGAAUCCGUCACAUGUGACCCCGGACGACCCCAGUCUGGUGCCCAAUGUUCCCUACUUUGACCUACCCGCAGGUCUCAUGGCCCCUCUCGUGAAACUGGAAGAUCAUGACUACAAGGCUCUGGAUCCCAAAGACAUCCGAUUGCCUCCUCCCAUGCCCCCUAGUGAACGUCUGCUGGCUGCUGUGGAGGCCUUUUACAGUCCACCUUCUCAUGACAGACCCAGGAACAGUGAGGGCUGGGAGCAGAACGGCCUGUACGAGUUCUUCAGAGCCAAGAUGAGAGCGAGGAGGAAAAAGGAUCAAGAAAAACGCAACAGCACACGAGGCAGUCGCUCACGGAGCCGCUCGCGUAGUCGAGGUAGAUCGUCAUCACACUCCAGCUCGCGCUCCUCCAAAUCGUCACGCUCCAGGUCUUCCAGAUCCCGGUCCCGAUCACGCUCCUACUCCAGAUCUCGAUCCAGAAGCAGGAGCCACUCCAGGUCGCGAUCCGGAAGCCGCUCUCGCUCCAGAUCACGAUCUAAAUCGCGAUCACCUGACCGACGACGACAAGCUGCAAAGUCCCGCAGCCCCACACCACCGUCCACUUCUGGCUUAGGCUCUGCACCUCCAGCUCCACCGAUUGAUUAUAGGCUGGGUGAGGAGAACAAGGGCCAUCAGAUGCUCAUGAAAAUGGGUUGGAGCGGCUCUGGAGGCCUCGGGGUGAAAGAGCAGGGUAUUCAGGAUCCUAUUAAAGGAGGAGACGUGCGCGAUAAGUGGGAUCAGUACAAAGGUGUUGGAAUUUCCCUAGAUGACCCAUAUGUCAACUACAGAAGGAACAAAAGCUACAACUUUGUUGCACGGAUGAAAGCCAGAGAGAAAGUGACCCGAGACACGCAGGAAACCCCACCUACAGAAUGAUUCUCCAGAAUGCUGAAUUUUUUUUAAACCCAUGAAAAAAACAAAACAAAAAAACCCUUUCAUCAACGUUGCCCCCUUUUUUUGAAAACCGAUUGCAAGAGGAAUUGUUUUCAUUGUAAAAUAUCAAAAUGUCAUGUAGUUUGAAAAGCCGUAUCAUUGCAGUCUGUAAAAUUUAGCUUAGAUUUAAUACCCAGCACAAGGAAAUAAACAGGUUUUAAAUCAUG